CGACGACCCAAAGGGUCCCGCAUUUCCAAGCCUACACGCCGAAGUACUAGGCCUCGGUCCCGUGUUCAUGGCUUAAACUCAGGACAGAAGCUUCCUUUCCAGCAGGAUUCGAAGAACGAUACCGAUAGCAUAGCCGAAAGGACCAUGCCCUUACUUCACGAGAUUCCGGGCGUGAGGCUGCCUGUACCUUCCAUCAUCACCUACGUACCCAGAAGUCGCAAAAGCAACCUCCACCCAUCCGAUCCCCAACCCCCUCUUGUCGGCAUUGGCCCGCCCAACUCCCGCAAGGGUGACAUCAUUGUGCAAUUCAUGGACUGCGACGUCGCCGCCGUCAUUCGAUCCACCGAGCCCCCCGCUGCAGAAUCCACAUGUGAUGGCACCAGUGGCAGCACGUGUGCGAACGGUUCCAAGUACUACGAGGUGGUAGGCCGCGCCCUCCUGCUGACGGGGAGCAAGAACGCGAAUGCUGCCCCGUCUGUCGAAUCAAAGGUUCAACCCAGAUUCCCGUCUCCGCGGCAUACAGCGCGAGACAAUGUGCCAGACCAGCUCUCGUGCUAUCUCGAUGUGGAGACGCUGUGGGCCCUUACGAGGUAAUUUGAACACGUCGUGGGAGAGGUGGAGAAAACAUGGGGAAGGCAAAAAGUGUUUUGGAAUCGGUGAUUCUACUGCUGUAUUUGGGAGAGAGAUCAAAUUCUUUUUACUUGUGAUACCCCUUACCGCCUGUUGCGCUGUAUAAUGUACUAGAGAGUGUAAAUGCAAC